GUGAAAUCAGUCUUGUUAUACAUGGUCAGUGGAACAAUUGAAUGUAAAUGGGGGAAAUAAUGUGAGAAUUGUUGCUUAUUUUAGUGUUAUAAUGUUAGAAUGUGGGAUAAAAGAACCCAGCCUUUUAUCUUCUCCCUCCAGCACAGUAGAUGGCAGACUGUGUGGUUAGUUCCUACAACAGAUGAAGACGAAUGGUGCUCCCUCAGACACAACAAAUAAAGCUGGAGUCUAUAACGCAGUAAGAUCAUGAUCUACGGGACACAAAAGGCACUGAAUCCCAGGAAUGACACAAUGCAGUUUAACUGUAUGUUGUCUGUCAGUUGUGUCAGGCGAAACCGUAAACAAGGAGAAGAAGCAAGAAGAAGGAAUUAUUCCAGGAGAAACUACUGAUAUACUAUUGUAACGAUGGAGUUUGAGGAAGAACCCUGGAGAGUAAAAGAUGAAGAUAUAGAGCAACAAAUAGACCUGAUGGAACAAAGUGAAGUGGAGGAGAAACUCCAUCAGUUUCAAAAACCUCAAAACACUGAAAGAAGUGGAGAGAAAUGUUCUUACACCUGCUCUCAGUGUGGAAACAGACUCGCAUCUAAAUCAAGCUUGAAGAACCACAUGAGGAUCCACAAUAAAGAGAAACCCUUCACAUGCCAUCAGUGUGGAAAGAGCUUCACAUGGGCAAAAAGUCUCAAAAGUCAUCUGCUGUUACACUCAGGAGAAAGAUCAUUUGGCUGUGAUCAGUGUGAUAAGAAAUUUAUUUUGGAAGAUCACCUGAAAAGGCACAUGAAAAGUCAUGCAGCUGUGAAGCCUCAUGUGUGUUCUGUUUGUGGAAAGAGUUUUUCAGUACUGCAGACUUUAAAACAUCAUGAGCUUAUUCAUACUGGUGUGAAAACUCAUGUGUGCAUUGACUGUGGGAAGAGCUUUAUUUCAUCUGAAAUCUUAAAAAAACACCAGAGAGUUCAUACUGGAGAGAAACCGUACAAGUGCUCACACUGUGGACAAAGUUUCUCUCAAUCAGGAGACAUGAAAGCUCACGAGAGAAUUCAUACUGGAGAGAAGCCGCACAAGUGCUCACACUGUGGAAAGAGUUUCACUCGGCCAGGAGCCUUGAAAGAUCAUGAAAAAAAUCAUACUGGAGAGAAACAGUACAAGUGCUCACACUGUGGAAAGAGUUUUACUCGGUUAGGAACAUUGAAAUAUCAUGAGAGAGUUCAUACUGGAGAGAAACCGUACAUGUGCUCACAAUGUGGGAAGAGUUUCUCUGUGUCAGGAACCUUGAAAGAUCAUGAGAGAAUUCAUACUGGAGAGAAACCGCACCAGUGCUCUUCAUGUGGGAAGAGUUUCAGACGAUCAUCUAAUCUACGGAUUCAUGAGAAAAAGCAUUGCUCACAGGUCUAAGUGUGAGCAAAGUUCACAUUCAGAUCCAUCACCUUCAAGUAAAUAGUUUAAUAUUCCGAUUUUUUUUUUUUGUCAAGUUGUUUAGAGGUUGGAGCAUUGAAAAAAAAUUGAAGACUUUUUUUGCAUUGAAGUCACACAGAAACUUAUUUAAUUAAUAAAUUUACUUGUUUACCUGAAAUCAAGGGGUUAUCGUUACAUUGAUCAAAUGUUGAAAAUUUAUGUUCACCUAACAUAUUAAAUUGUUCAGUCAAUCUGUCAAGUCGAAGUAAGAGUAGUGAAGGGGAGUCGACUCCAAAAGAGUCGAUUCCUCGACUCUGAAUAGCCCCAGAGUCGGGGUCGACUCCAGCACAGGAAUUGACUCUCGGUGUCGACUCUGUUGCUGUGUCCGAAACCGCUCACUUGUUUACUGAUUCUCGAAUCCAUAGUCUAUAUAAAGUAAGAAGUGAACGAAAUGAAGCGAGGAAUUCGGACACUGACGAAUCGCGUUAGAGAGCUGUCGCAGAAACUUUGUCACAUACAUUUAUCCUACAUGCUUACUUUAGAAAUAGAAACAGUCAUAGUGACUUUAGUUUGUAAUUAUACAUAUCCCCGUGCCAGCUUUAGUAUUGAUGGUAGCUUAUAAUGCGAUAAAUAUAGAUUUGAUUUUCCAUGGUUAACCGUGUUCAUAAUCAUUACAUAAUAAAAAAAACUCACAUCAACAAUAAACACAUCAAUAAGUGUACAUUGUAUGCAUUUUUUGUAUGUAUUGUAUUAAUUUUAUUAUCUUUAACUCUCCUGUCCAAGCACUUUUAAGACAAUGAUCAUGUGUGUUUAGCGCCAUCACCAGACCAUUAUAAUGAGAUGAAUUCAUUAAAGAAUCCCUUCUUUAUCGUUUAUUUAAUUCUGACAUAAUAUUUGACCACAGAUGUGUUUCGUGACUUUUCUCUCUGUAAAAUUAGGUAUCUGCAAUUAGCUAGGUAGCAACAUUGAUACUCAUCAAGUCAUUGCUAAAUUGGACUAAUUUGGACAGUCUCGCUAAACGUGUGUUGUUUUAAUGAGGGGAUUUUAAGGCUUCGCGUUGGGGAAAGAUAAACUAAUUAAGUGUGUAAGGACUGCCAUCUUGCCUUAUUUAUGACCCUGUUUUGAUGUAAAGUAAAUGGAGUCGAGGAGUCGAUUCCAUCGACUCCUACAGUGGGAGUCUGGAGUUGGAGUCGACUAAAAAUCCUGGAAUCGAACACCCCUAACUGUAUGCAAAUGUGCAUGAGGAAAACCGUUAGUAUAGAGAAUUCAAAUGCGGAUGCGCGGGAGUCUUGAGAGCGGUGCGUAAUCAGCCGGUGAUACUGAAAGGCCCGCUGAAGUGUCUUGGAACGCGCAGCAUUAUUCAAUGUGUUAACGUAAUUUCAACUGAAACAGGAAGACAGUGUGGGACAUAUCGAACAGCUCCGUCCCUUUUUUAAAAUAGCUAAUAGCGUUUCAUUUAUACCACAGCUCGGCCAGAGCCAUUAAACUCGGUAAAACCUCUGUUUCCUUCUAAUCACUAACCAUGUUUCCUCCUAUGCCCUCAAAUCGCUUUAAAAUACAGCAUUCUGUGCAGAAUUCAAUACCUUUUGUAGUCUGAGCCGAUUCGCGGUCCGCGGAUAUGAUUUAUUCUGUGCUCUGGACAUUAACGCUUAAACGGACAAUUUGCGUCAAUAGAAAGCAUAUUAUUUACACUGUCUGAAUCAUUCCAUAUUCUCUAUAGUGCACUAUGUGCCAUUCACCAUGUAGAAACUAGUAAAAUGAACAAAUGACCGAUUUGCUUCAGCGUCUGUUUAUAGUGCAGAAGGGGGCGGGACUUCAGAUUCUAGAGAGCAUUUGAUUGGACAGAAGAUCUGACAAGAAGCUGAAGUGCGAUGUGGUGUGAUGAAAAUCCGUGCUCCAUUUUAGCGGAAGUGAGAGACUAAUUGGGCGUUUACACCAGACACGACGUGCGUGAACAAAUCGCGCUAUUCGCACAUAGUUGGAUGCUUGAACAUUUUGAGUUUACCCGCUUCAUUCGCGUGUGAAAUUCACUUCACAACAGACGUGAAUUCGCGUCAUGAGAGGGGCUUCUGCCAGGCGGCUCCAGCGUCGCUUCUGCACACUUCCUCUGAAUAAACACAUCAACUCAUCAGCGGGAAAGUAGUUGUAAAAUAUGGCGAAUAAGCUCAAUUUGCCAGCUUUAGCUAGCUUGUAGUCUCAAUAUGUGUGUGUGUGUGUGUGUGUGUGUGUGUGUAUAUAUAUAUAUAUAUUAUAUAUAUAGCUCAAAUUGAGUAAAGAGCGUUUUUUACAACUUACCAGAUUAAUCCGACCUCCUCACUCACUUUCGUCCAAGCAAGAUCCUUUUUAUUCCUGUUUCUAUAAAAGUAUGAAGAUGUAUCAUACAGCGACGAUGAUUUUGUCCUCCAUUGUUGUUUCGGAUUUCUGCCUCCUCUCGCUACGUCGUAAUCACGUCACUACUAGAGCAAGCUCCUGAUUGGUUAAAGUGGCGCGAAUUUUCGCCAAAGUUCAGAUUUUUCAACUCACGCGAAUCACACAUUACGCGCGUUAAAUGCCCGAAACGCUCUAUUCGCGCCGCAUCAUUUGCGCGAAUCGCGUCAUUCGCGCUGCCGGAUGUCGUGUCUUUGCAUUGACUUAACAUGUAAAACUUUAAAAAAAAAAAUUGUAAACUUAAAUUUUGAUUUCAGGGGUACUUGAAGGCCGACACAAUCAUUCUCAACUUAGAAGACAGAUAUUAAUUGUCCCAAGUGUCGAGACGCUAUGGUGAGUGGUGUGUUGGCUUUGCUUCAUGACCUGACAUAGGCCUAAAUUAAUAGGCAUUUUGUAGAAUCGCAAGUAAUUCUUUUAUGUUCGUGUUUUCCCGGUUAGUAUCCCUACUAACGUUACCCUAUAAUUGUCUGAUGGCAGCUUAUAGUUUUAUUUUCCUUGUGUCAUAUAUGUGUACUUUUAAAUCGACUUUUUAAUGUAAUUCACAUCCGCCAUGUGACCGCUGAACACAGUGAGUGAGUUUGCCGUCGGCCACUUUGUUGCCUCAAACACAUCAAGCACAUGUUUUUCUUAUUCCUCCAUUAACUGUUUAUAGCUCGCAUCAGUAACUGUCAGCAGUCCUGAAAGCUGGGUAUAUUUACAUACCACGAAAUAAACGAUAAAGCAAAAUCUAUAUUGAUUAAGUUUCAUCCUCAACAUAUAAAGUGUACCUUCUGUUCGGUCACUAAACAGGGGAACUUUUCUAUUAAUGUUAUUUUACUUUCUUUUUAUUUCCAGGUUUUUAACCAGUGCCAUUUUUGAAAGUUUUCUUCACCACAUCAAGACAUGCAUAAGACUUGGAAUAUAUUCUGUUCAUCCUUGUUUGAAACAAGGUAUUUUCACCAAAUAUCGAUCCAGUUGGAAUUGAUUUAAUAAAGUGAUGAUAAAAUGUAAA